AUGCACGUAAUGACGUGUUAAAGGUGAGCCAUUGACCUCCUCUGACAGGAUCCAAAAUGGCGACCACCGUUGCACGUCUGCUCCAGUCCUCUGCAAGAGUUGCAGCGGCAGGCCUGAAAGUGUCGGCCUUCUGCCCACAUGGAGCCUCCGGAGCUGCAAGACUCCUCACCUGUCCCACCCUGCAGAGAGCCUGUCUGUCCACCAGCGCUGCCAGGUGGGCUCCUGCUGUCACCCAGCCUGCGCCUGCUUUUAAAGGCACCGCCGUCCACAACGGAGAGUUCAAGGAGGUCAGCCUCAGUGACUUCAAGGGCAAAUAUCUGGUCCUCUUCUUCUAUCCGCUGGAUUUCACCUUCGUCUGCCCGACAGAGAUCAUCGCAUUCAGCGACAAGGCCAGCGAGUUCCACGACAUCAACUGUGAGGUGGUGGGCGUGUCCGUGGACUCGCACUUCACCCACCUGGCGUGGACCAACACCCCGCGCAAGGCUGGAGGUUUGGGCGGCAUUCACAUCCCGCUGCUUGCAGACCUCACCAAGCAGAUUUCGAGGGACUACGGCGUUCUCCUGGAGAACCCGGGCAUCGCACUGAGAGGCCUGUUCAUCAUCGAUCCAAACGGCGUGGUGAAGCACAUGAGUGUGAACGACCUGCCGGUGGGCCGCUCCGUGGAGGAGACCCUCCGUCUGGUGAGGGCCUUCCAGUUUGUGGAGACGCACGGCGAGGUCUGUCCCGCCAGCUGGACCCCACAUUCCCCGACGAUUAAACCGACCCCGGAGGGAUCCAAGGACUACUUUGAAAAAGUCAACUGAAGAAGACACAACUUGCAGCCCUCACUACAUGUGUGGAUCGUUCAGGUCUCAAGCUGAAAACAUGUGCACUGGCUCCUGAAUAGAGUAGUAAACGUUCGAGAAGUUGUCAUAUAUAUCCAUACGCAGUGGAAUACAUUAAUAAAUAUAUUCUUUAUAGAUGUUA